ACCAAGUCCUCGAUCAGACCUCCCAACUUCUCUUUGUUAUAUUUUGUGAGCUAUUAAUUACUCCUGUUACUUGCGGUUCCUGUCACCGGUCGUAAAAUUAGGAAUCGAUUUUCUCCCAUUGGACAGGACGGGAGAGCGAUGAGAGCUCGCUCCACCAAAAAAAUACCGCCUUCGCCAAACCGAGGAGAGGGAAAGCAGCGUCGCGGGUACCCAAUAUCCAUCAUGGAUACGCUCCAGGUUAUCCGAAUAAAUCGCAUGCAAAUCCUGCGGGCCUGCAAGAUCCCUUUUGAUGGUGGUGGCGCUAAUUUCGAAGGAUCCAUUUCGUUGUCAGUUGCCGUUCGAGCCUCUCCUGGUGGUACUCCUGGUGGUACUCCUGGUGGUACUCCUGGUGGUACUCCUGGUGGUACUCCUGGUGGUACUCCUGGUGGUACUCCGGAACUGACUGGAUUUGGAUCGCCACAGCAAAAAGUGGUAGCGACAUGGAGAAAAGGGUACAGAAAAACUCAACACGACCCAGUUUCACCGCCACCUGUCAUACAACCCGUGCGGUUGGGAAGGAAUCAUAGCGUCGCCGUCAAGUUCCAUCAUCCGAAGAAACUCGUCACAGACUUCCAACCUAACCCAAAUCCAGGAUGCAAAUGGUGGGGACAGCAGCAGUGGCCCCCUUCCAGAAGUGAACAAAGGUCCCUUCUCCACGUCAGACGGAGCUUUCUGCCUCCUCAAUCCUCAUAA